AGCUUUAUCUAUAUCUCUACUACUCUAUAAAAAGGUAACAUGGGCGUUCAUAUCAGGCUUCAUCAUGCUUCCAUCCUGUGGGCCAUCCUCGGAAGUCCUCACCCCCACAUACUGCCAUUCACGGACUGAACGUAGAUGAAAGAUGAAGCCUUCAGUCCGCGUCUCUUCGUCUCGAGAUCUCGCGCCCGCGCCGUCGAUGGAAGGCUCGCCUCCAGUCCGCGCCUACGCCCGCAACCUCGCCCGCGCCCAAGAUGUCGCCCUCUCCCCCACCGUUGUCCUCGCUUCCUCCCUCCAGCACCUGCUGUCUUUCUCACUCAAUGGCGUGGAUCAGGAUGGUCCUCGCGGCGGAAGCCACCUGAGAAAGCCAUGUGCCCCAGCACUCGCCCCCGCCUCGCCCGAUCGAUCUGACACAGUGCAGCUGACUGGCACACAGUACGCAUCGUCAUUGGACUUGCUCUGGCUCUUCACCUACAACACCCUGAAUGACUACAAGAGUUAGGAUCUUAACCCUUAAUGCUUCAUACUUCUUGAAGAACGAUGGCCACUUUGUCAUUUUAAUCAAGGUACUCCGAGCUAUUAUUCUUAAUUUUGUAGCAGUUGUCUGAAGGACAGGUCUCUUACAGUGGUGAGAGGACUUUUUGUUGUGUGAAAGGUCCUGCGAGGUGCCAGCACUUGGGGUAAUUGUAUCGACUCCACCCUGUCUGCUGAGACCGUGUUCGCUGUUGAAGUUGGAGAAGUUCAAAGCACAUCAAUUCAAGUCUGCCUAGCAGGUGACGUUGGAGCCCUACGAGCAUGACCAUGCAUGUGUUGUGGGCGGUUAUAGAAUGCCCAAGAAGCAGAAGGCUACCUGAUCACCUCAUAGAUCAUAAUCCGCGCUCAUCUUGUCCAAUAAGGAUGCUUCAUUGUAUUAUGGUUUAUUAAGAUGUCUGCAUGAUACUGAUGGUUACAAUAUAGUGGUGGUUAGUUGCAAUGUAGUGGUGAAAUAGCUAGAUUAAAAUAACAAUAUUUAUGUAUGGCUAGGAGCCUAGAAUCACAAAUAGAUUAUGAAAUCUUUUUUCAUAACAAUAUAACACCCAUUUGUAUAUAAAUUAUUGUGUUUUUA